AGCAGUGCGUUAUUAAUCAUUGAGUAGUGCGUGUACGCACUCAGUGGCUGCUUCAGUUUUCUUGCGCACACAGUUUCCUCCUCAGAAAGUUUAAUGGCUAAAUACAAUUUCUGCCGGGUGAGCUGCUUUAUCUUGGCUGGAUUAAUUAGUACCGUUUCUCUCGUCUUUUUCUGCAUCUUCUGGUUUGUGGACGGAGGAUGUCCCAACGGCAGUUUCAAGCACGCGGCUGUGGCUGCAGACUCUCUGCGGUGCUCACAGAUCGGCAGGAACAUGCUGCAGCAGGGAGGGUCAGCAGUAGAUGGCGCCAUUGCAGCACUUCUGUGCACGUCUGUAAUCAAUCCUCAGAGCAUGGGGAUUGGAGGGGGGUCUAUAUUCACUAUUAGAGAUAAAACAGGCAAAGUGAAAGUCUACAACUUCAGAGAGACGGUCCCAAAGUCUUUUGAUCGUAACCUGUUAGAUGAUUGUCCAACCACAUUCAGACUGACCACAGGCACACAGUGGAUCGUGUUCCCGGCGAGCUGCGGGAUAUGA